AUGGUUUCCAGCGUUGCCCCUACCAACGACAUUGUUUACCAUGUGGAGCUCGAUGGAGCCGAUCGGCAGGUGUGGGACUGCAUCCAGUUGUCUGGGGUGGAAAGUGGAAAUGAUAUGAUGGAUGCAAUGCAGGCCGAGCACUUAGACCUUGCGCUAGCAGAUGUUUGUAUCUCUGCGCGGGUGUUGGGUUGA